AUGUGUGCCGCAGAGAAUAUUCUUGAAGAGCCAAAAUGUUUGCUUUCUGAAAAACAGUUGGAGUCAAUAUAUUAUUUGAGUUCUGAAGAUUAUAGGCCGCUCCCACAGAAGCCUCGAGAUCGACUUGACUCGGAGCAAGUGCCUCAAGAGGGACAAGAAAUCGUUGAAAUUGAGCUGGCAUCGCAAUUUUACGCUUGGCUGAGUUCUCCCACAGAAAUAGGAUCUGCCGACGGGAGUCAAGCGGAAGUGGAUCUCCUGACGCAUUUCUUAAGGCAGGAGUCCUAUUGUACAUCGAUUAUAAGCAAAACCGACGAGAUACUAUCAAUACUAUAUCAACUGAAGGAGAAGUACCACUCGGUUUCUGAGAAAACAAAUAAUCUUCAUGAAACUUGUGAAAGUCUUCUACGCAAGCAAACAGAUCUUACGGAGAAGGCCAAUCAAAUUGAAGAAAUGCUUCAAUUCUUUACUGUUCUCUCUUCUAUCGAAUCUGUGGCUGAGAGAAUGGAGUCUGUUCUGCAAUCGAUUGAUUUAAGUAUUGCAUUUCUAGAAGAACAUCCUAACUUUAAGGAUUCCGAAGCAUUUCUUUUGCGCUUUAAUACUUGUCUGAAUUCUGCUCUCCUCAUGGUGAAAGAAGGAAUCAAGAAUUCCAUUCGACAGGUUGUCAUUGAGAUAGUUGAACUAGGCGAUGCCAUAUCCCCAGAAAAUUCGUUUAUUCUCCUCUACGGUCGCUUUCGCUCCCAGGCCUCACGAAUCCGCUCCCUGAUGCAACUAAUGGAGUCACGAGCGGAUAAAUCGCCAAGAUACCGUGAUGUCAUAGCAGAGUGCCAGGCCUACUACCUAACCAAACGUGAGGCUCUAGUAAUCCCCGUAGCCCGAGCGAGCAUUGCUGAUCUGACAAGCAAGUACUCGGGCGAUCAUUGCGAACUCUUUCGCACCACUGUCUCUUUCAUGCUUCACAUGGUGGAGGAUGAGUCUCUGCUAUUUUGGCGCUAUUUUGAGUCACAGGAAACGGUGGAAUCUAUGCUAACGAACCUAUGCAGUUGCGUCUAUGAUGCCCUUCGACCUUUCCUAAUCCACGUCAAUCACAUUGAAAUCUUGAUGGAGCUCUGUGACCUCCUUGUUCACGAAUUCAUUGAAGAUAAGCCGGCUGCCAAUCCCAAUGUCGACCUCGCUGUAUUCGAGAAUAUGUGCCGGACCCUAUUAGCCGAUGUGCAACAGCGACUGAUUUAUCGUGCCCAUGUCCACAUCAAAUCUCAAAUCCAUGACUACGAACCUAGCGCUGGUGAUAUCACCUACCCUGAGAAGCUUGAAAUGAUUGAGGUAUGUUAUCAUGUUGUAAUUUCACUCAGUCUUCCCUUCCCUUCUCGUCAAACCUGUAUUUCGUCUCAGCAAAUAGCUUCAAGCCUCCAACAACAACAACAGCAGCAGCAGGCGAAUGACGGUGAUGUUCAAUCGAACGGUGAAGCGGAAAGAAAGAUUUCUUCAAGUUCUACGGACUUCCAUGGAAUGUGGUAUCCUACAGUACGAAGAACUCUGGUGUGCAUCUCCGGUCUUAGCAGAUGUCUCGAUGUGAAAGCGUUUCAGGGGCUCGCACAGAACUGUCUUUCUGCGUGCAUUGAGUCUUUGAUGGUAGCCCAGAAACGCAUUGAGGCGCGAAGGUCAACGAGUGAUGGACAGCUCUUCUUCAUUAAACAUCUCCUUAUCCUUCGGGAACAGUCGACCCCCUUCAAUGUGGACUUUCGGGUGAGGGAGACGAGUUUGGACUUCUCCAAUAUUAAAAGCGCGGCCUAUCAAGCAAUGCCUAAGUUAGGCUUGAAGAUUUUCGACUUUAACCGCGCAAACCACUUGCUGCGUCUGCUGCUGCUCGAGGGACCUACAGUGGUGGACACAGAUGUUGACUCGCGGCGCCAGUUGGAUCGACACUUGAAGGUAACCUGCGAGGCAUUCAUUUCCGCUUCUGUCACCUCACUCACCGGACAGAUUGGCUCUCUUCUUGACAAGGCAAAGGUGCAGGUAUCCCAACAUCCAGUACUCGGUGCGCCUAAUCAGUUGAGGGAUGAGGUGUCCGCAGCAAUUCGUCUACUCUCGGUCAGCGAGUCAAAUUCGUCAUCUGCGGCGAAUACCCUCGCAGUUAUUCGACACAAGUUGACUCUUUACCUGGGUAAUACGAACACAGUGGCCAUUAUACUGCGACCAAUUGAGAAUGGCGUGGUGAAGCUAUGGCGAAAAUUGGCAGCUACUAUUGCUGAGCACUAUUCGGAGGAGGAAAGAAUGGUGAUUGCCUGUCCAACGGAGAAUCAGGUUGGUCAUCGCAAAUUAUUCGACUAUUUUUCCACGCAAAGUGAAUAUCGCCGGGGUCGGGUGGGCGGUUGCGAGGCUGUGAUGGACUUCCGAUCCAACUAUACCGACAAUUACUGUUUGAAAUACUCCAUUGUAUUUUACCACUUUAAGUUGGAGUUUUUGGGCUUGGGAUUUGUGUGGGCGUUGGGACUAGCUGAAGUGAGGUUGUGGGGUGGGGCUUUUCUCUUGGAGUGGUUGUUAGAUAGGCAGGAUGUCUUGAAAUAUCGAGCGCCCGAUCUCAAGAAGUUGGGCUCAGAAGAGGAAUACCAGAAAAUCAUGAUAUUCUUUAUCGAUGUCAUUCAAGCAUUUGGUAAGAGCGUAGAAGUACGCCAGCAAGUCAUUGCAACUGCUUCCGUAUACUUUCGCCGUUUUUUUGGCAGAACCUCUCUGAAAUCCAUCGACCCUUGGCUGAUGGCACCUUCAUGUCUUUUUUUGGCCUCCAAAGUAGAAGAAUAUGGUGUUAUUCAACCCAAGAGCCUUAUUGCCGCUUGCUGUAAAGUUGUAAAUAAUCAAUAUUCUAAGUAUUUUAAGGAAUAUACGUAUCCCUACCGGACACAUGAUGUAUUCGAAUGCGAGUUCAUUCUUAUGGAAGCUAUGGACUGCUCACUCAUUGUGUUUCAUCCUUAUCGGCCGCUUCUUCAAUUUUGUGAUGAUUUAAGACCCCAAUUACUUGACAUGGCUGAUGAACUUUUAUCACGAGCUUGGAGCAUUGCUAAUGACAGUCUUCGCACAGACCUCUGUCUUCACUACCCUCCCUACCUGAUCGCACUGGGCUGUGUUCAGAUGGCGCUUGUCAGUUUAGCAAGAAAUCCACCUGCCAGUUCUGGGAACAUACAUGAUCAUCAUUCAUUGUACUUUUCGACUCAGUCCAGUAUCAACCCUCUUGUCAUUGCCGAACAAUGGUUCAGUGAGCUAAAUAUCGACGCUGAAAAGGUGCUUGAAGUAGUACGACAUUUGCUAGCACUCUACGAUCUCCUAGACCGCAUAGACAUGGAGAACGAGAUGCCUGUCCUCCUGAUGCAAAAGAUGCCCCAUCCGGUGGUUCAACAACCUCCCCAGCAGCAAGCCCAGGGUCAACAGGGCGCCUCAAGGGCAAUUGAUGGCGGAAAUGGUGGUGGUGCCGCCACCUCUCAUCACAAAAGAAUGGGUCAAGCGAUGCCAACACAUCAUAUGCCGCCACCUCCCCAUCCCCCACCAAAUGCUGCUGGCGGACCGCCCAUGUGA